AAUUGGAACUUGCCUUUGCACUAUCAUCUCAUCAUUCUUCAACUCCUUUUAUGUCAUCAUUCUCCAAUUUAUGGGACAUCCGGACAAGAUAUCCGUACUACUCGAAUGGUGCUCAUCUCACGGUAUAAAAAUUGAUCUACGGCUGCGCGUUGUCUGCCAUGAUGAGAACAUCAGCGUUCGUUCCAACGGCGAGGAGAUUGCUCCCUUUUCUUCAGUAGUGCACAUUCCAAAAGAUGCUGUUCUUUCGGUAAAAUCGUCCUCUGUUUCGUCAGUCGUUGUCGCCAGCCCUGUUGGACAUGAAGCCCAGCUCUCUUUGGCACUUGCUUUGUACGUUGAACUAGUGAAAGGCGAGUCAUCGCGGUGGCAUGGUUAUCUGCAAUCACUCCCGACGCAAAUCGUGGAUAUCCCUAUUCUGUGGCAAACAGAAGACCAUUCAAUGGAUUCUACGGAUAGAAGAGAUGCUUUGAGGUGGCUAAAGGGGACUGAGGUGGAGAGGGACCUGUUGGCGUGUGUGGAUAGCCUGACUCGUCUAGACGAACUACGCCAUUACUACUGCGAAGUUGUAGAGACCAUAUUUAAUGCAUAUUUCCAAGACUCACCCACUGCCAAGUGCUCUUUACAUGGGUUCUACCACGCGUAUUCGCUGGUCUCAUCCAGAGCCUUCCUUAUCGAUGCGUAUCAUGGCCUUUCUAUGGUACCUAUCGCAGAUGCCUUCAAUCAUUCUCAGGAAAAUCAUGUACAUCUCGAGAGCGAAUAUGACGUCUGCCCUGAAUGCGGUUCCCUGAAGGAAUGUCCUCACGACGAUGAGCCUUCGCUGGCGCCAGAGAAUCUUGAGGAUCACUUUGAAAUGGUCAGCAACACACUCAUUCCAUCCCACGGUGAAGUGUUCAACACAUAUGGUGAAACCCUCAGCAACGCACAACUGCUUCUACGAUACGGCUUCAUCUUAGACGUGAAUGACAACGAUCAAGUCAUCUGGGGUAUAGAUGAACUGCUGGAGGAUGCUCCAGAGCAUAUUACUGAUGCCUGGCGCUCGAUUGACAUCCCAACGGAGACGUGGCAGGAUCGCUUUUCUGGAUCUGAGCUCGUACGUCAUCAUUCGGGGAAGCCUGUCUUCUGCGUUGACUGUGAUGGAAGAGUUUCACAUCAUGUGUGGUUGUUCUAUGCCCUGCUGGCUUGUGUACACCUUCGCUACGAUUAUUCCCUCGUUGUCAUAGCGGAUCGCUUGGUUGAGCGCGAGGGACUAGACGACCAAAGCUUCACUAGCACAGUGGAUCGUGUUAUAGCUGAUAUCGCAGCUUCCAUUAUUGCACUUUGCAUGAAGAGACAGGCUCAAUUGGGUGAUCCAACAAAUGAAAUAGAUGCAUUGGAUUUGAAGAGGAUGCCUCUCACCCGAUCGGCGAUGCUCCAGGUAAUGAGCGAGCGUUCUAUAUUGGAGAGUUGUCGUGCCGGAUGGUUGGACUUUAUGAUAUUAUCAUGAGUUAAAGGAGACGACCGAGAAAGGAACUGAGCCUGUCUGAUUCCUGCUUAGUGCCCGGCUUCUUUUGCCUUUCGGCGCCUAACUCCAAGUCUACGUCUAUCCAGCACGCACUACGUAGCAAGCGAAAAGGUUCCACUUUCUUGCCUACUCAGCAUCCACAAAAAGACUAGUAUCACCAUGUCAUCCCAC